CUAUCUUCUCUCCUCCUUAUUCUUGAUUCUUGACCUCUAAUAUUCUACAUUCUUUCUUUCCUCUUCAUUUUUUUAACUUCAUUUUCUAGGGUUGAUAUUAUUCUAUUAAUUCUCCUAAGAAUUAGAAAAAUGAAGGAGAUCGUUGGAAACCCUUUGCGAUUAAAAUCAGUGAAUCACAUCUCCCUUAUUUGCAAAUCAGUGAAUGAAUCUGUUUCCUUCUAUGAAAAAGUUCUUGGAUUCAUUUCCAUUGUUAGACCUGGAUCAUUUGAUUUUGAAGGAGCAUGGCUAUUUGGCUAUGGAAUUGGAAUUCACUUGCUACAGGCAGAAGACCCUGAAAAUAUUCCAAGGAAGAACGAAAUUAAUCCAAAGGAUAAUCAUAUAUCAUUUCAGUGUGAUGAAAGCAUGGAUACAGUAGAAAAAUAUCUGAAUGAUAAGAAAAUUGGCUGUAAACGUGCAAUGGUGGAAGAAAAUGGAAUUCAAGUGGAUCAAUUGUUUUUUCAUGACCCAGAUGGAUUUAUGAUUGAAAUAUGCAAUUGUGAUAGUCUUCCUGUUAUUCCCUUAGCUGGUGAAAUGGUUAGAUCAUGCUCUAGACUCAACCUUGAGAUUAUGCCACAACAGAUACACCAAGUUGUAAAGCAAAUUUGAUCAUGAUGAGGCCAAGCUUCUUAUUUUAUCUUAAUUUUGUGGUGGUGGUGGUGAAUAAAAAAAAUUACAAGUUAAUUGAAUAUCAAUGUCAUGAUUCAUGAGGAACUCUUUUUUUUAACUUAUGUUUUCUACUUGUCAAUGCCUAGUAUCUUGAGAUAUCUACUAAGAUUCCUUAGCAAAAGUAAUGAAUUAUAUAUCAAGUUAAGUAUGUGUAUUAUAUAUAUGUGUGUGGUCUUUUUGCCACUAUAUGUUUUUUAAAGUGAAUUUUCUUUGUCAGCCA